AGUCCUUGCCUUUGACGAGACGACGCUUUGGAAUCCAAUUCGACUCCUCGUUUCUUCAAGCCAUUAACUGAUCUAAUUCUCUCUCUAAUUACUUCUCCAAUAUCCUAGAAUCAAGAUAUUAAUAUUUCAUUAUAAAAGAUGCAGAGCCACACCCCAAAUGACCACAAUUCUUCUUCAGUUAUGCCCUCUGUCUUUGAUUCUCAGUCCUUCACAAUAUCACGAGUCACGAGUCACGACAUGGAAUUGGAGGAGAACAAUGUACAAGAAGUUCCAGCUUCAUCCCAAAAUCCUAAGCCCAAUGACACUCAAGAUCAACAACGCGCACAACCAAAUGUUGAGGUUGCAGGAACAACAGAUGGGCAGGUUGUUGGAGCAACAAAUGGACAGGGUGUUGCAGCAACAGAUAAGCAGGUUGCUGAAGCAACAGAUGCUGAGGCUGCUAGAACAAGAGAUGAAAGUGGUGUUGAAAAUACAAACAAAAGAUUAACAUCUGAAGUUUGGAUACAUUUCAAAAAGCAAAGGAUCGAUGGUGUUGAUAAGGCUGUAUGCAACUACUGUAAGAAAAAAUUAAGUGGAGUAAGCAAGAAUGGAACAACACACUUGCAUGAACAUUACAAAAAAUGCAUGUCAAAAAACAAUCAAGACAUAAGACAAUUAAUCUGGAAUCCACGCCAAGAAAAAAAGAUGGACCUGUUUCACUUGCUGCACACACUUUUGAUCAGAUUGUUUCAAGGGAAGAACUUGCAAAAAUGAUCAUUCUUCAUGAGUAUCCACUUAACAUGGUGCAACAUGUUGGGUUUAGAAGUUUUGUUAACUCUGUUAACCCAUUAUUUAAACCUGUUUGUCGAACUACCAUUACAAGUGAUAUAAAAGGCAUUUUUGAAAGAGAAAAGACGAAACUGAAAAAGCUUUUAAACUCUAACCAAGGUAGAGUUGCAGUGACAACUGAUAUGUGGACAGCCUCUAACCAAAAAAGAGGUUAUAUGGUUGUCACUGCACAUUAUAUUGAUGAAUCAUGGAAUUUGUGCAAUAAAAUUUUAAGGUUUAUGUAUGUUCCAGCCCCUCAUAAUGCUAAAACACUAGCUUAAGAACUAAUGGGGUGUUUGGUUUCAUGGUCCAUUAACUGCAAGUUAUCUACCUUGACUUUAGAUAACUGCAGUGUUAAUUUUUCUAUGAUGGACAAAAUGAAAGAAAAGUUAAGACAUGACAAACUUCUUUUGAAAGGGGAAUUACUUCACAUGAAAUGUUGUGCGCACAUAUUGAACUUAAUUGUUCAACAAGGAUUAGGUGCAAUUCAAAGUGAAGUAGAGUCUAUUCGUGAGAGUGUUGUUUAUUGGACCGCAACUCCAAAAAGAGUGGAAAAUUUUGAGGAUGCGAAGGAUGGAUUGUCUCUUUCAAGUAAGAGAAAGUUAGUUUUAGAUUGUAAAACUAGAUGGAAUUCCACUUAUCUAAUGCUUGCGAGUGUGAUUCCAUAUAAAGAAGUUUUCAAUCGCCUUGUACACAAAGAUAAAAGCUACAAGCAAGCACCUAGUGAUCAAGAUUGGCAUUUAGCACAAGUGAUGUGUGAGAAGCUCAAACUCUUUUAUAGUGUGAUUGAAAUGUUUUAAGGGGUCAAAUAUCCCACCGCUAAUCUUUUUUUUCCAAAGAUUUGUGAGAUCCGAAUGUUGCUUCAAGAGUGUCUUAUAUCACCUUAUGUGGAGAUCAAGUUGAUGGCUGCUAAUAUGAUUGCGAAGUUUGACCAAUAUUGGUCUCUCAUUCAUGGAGUAUUAGCAAUAGCCACUAUUUUGGACCCACGAUUCAAGAUGAAGUUGAUUGAGUAUUAUUUUCCCAAAAUUUAUGGUGAUGUGUCCCCACAAGAAGUUGAGAGAAUUAGGAAGUUAACUUACGAAUUGGUAAGAGAAUACAAGCCAUAUGAUGCCAAAGAAACCCAAUCUUCUUUGAAUAAUUCUGAAUUUGGCUUGGAUAUUGAUGAUUGUGGAGAUCCUUUGGUUGGUUUUGAUUUAUUCGUGAGUACCACAUCAACAAUUGAUACUUACAAAUCUGAGUUAGAUUAUUAUUUAGAGGAGAAUGUUUUGCCAAGGAUCGGGGAUUUCGAUAUUUUAGCAUGGUGGAAGGCUAAUGGUCUAAAAUAUCCAACCUUGCAACGAGUUGUUAUAGAUGUUUUGGCUAUACCGGUGUCUACAGUUGCUUCCGAAUCAGCAUUUAGUACCAGUGGAAGACAUGUCACUCCACAUCGUAAUAGACUUCAUCCGGAUACAUUGGAAGCGUUGAUUUGUGUACAAGAUUGGUUAUGGGAUGAAAAAUUAGGUGCACAUUCUAAUAAAGAAAAACAUUUUGCAAAGUUUGAAGUUAUAAAAGAUGAUGAAGCUGGUCCAAUCUUUGUGGAUUUUGAUAUUUAGUUCAUGAAAAAUUGUUGUUUUUUAUUUUAGUUAUUUAACAAACAUGAGGAUGUCCCUUAUCUUAUUUUUAUUACUAUUUCGUGUUUGAGAAUGAAGUAUGAAUUGUUGAAUGUUUUAGUUAUCAAUUAUUAUUUUGUCUUUUUUAUAUUAAA